UAAUCAAGUAACAUUAAACUUAGUGAAAUAUACUAAAUUUAGAGAUUGAGACCAUAAUGAACUGUUGAAAAAAGUGAUUGAGGGAAGUUCAGGCUUUUUGAACGGGAGUCAGUUAGAGCAUCUAGCAGCCGUCGGUGGCACUUUAAGGUAGUUUCCAUGUUGGCUUCAGCCUGGAGCGCUGAAAUGCAUGCUACAAAACAGGAUGGACAUGAGAUUUUUUACAAAGAGUCAAGAGUUAAAUAGUGUCAGUAAAAACAGCAGCUAUAUGUUUGUGAGGUGUUUUUAUGCAGCAUUAAAUUAACAGUACUGCUAGCUAACCAGCUAAUGUUAGCCCUGAGUUUAAAGCCUUUUCGCCAACAUUUUCUUGCUAUUUGCUAUUGCCAUUUGUUGCAAUAUAGUGUUAAUAAGUGUCAUUCAAUCAUAGUCCUAGAUAGUUAUUGACAGGUUUGAUCAUAAACAGAAGCCAAAGCAUAUAAUUACAACUUAGUUUGUUGUGAACAUUAACAUACACAUUGUGAAACUGUGUCCCCUCCAAAAAGAUUGACUGCAAGACGCUUCUGCUCCUGACCUAUCUAAUCAAACAUUCCCCAAAUGGGAUUGGAGUUUCCUUUUUUUGCAAUGUCAGUGCAAAACACAGUCAGCUUGUCAAUCACUGACCAGAGUCACUGAUAACAGAUUUGGGGCAGGAAGAAGGUUCAGUGAAAUGCUGGCAGUAUGUGUUUGUUACACACUGUAGAUUCAAACCAAACAAACAGAGCCACUGUACAGCCAAUGACAGACAGUAAUGUAAUGUUUAGUUUGCAGGGGUAGAGGAGGUGUGUCAUUUGUGACCCCAAUAUGUCCCGCACUAUAUAUUUGAGGAAAAUAGUGGAGUUCAGUCAAACACGUAAAUUAAUCAAAAACAAUGUAACAUGGACUAGAAGGAGGUGGGUUCAGUCAGCUCCAGACAUGAGUUUUGAGCUUUAAAUUGGGGUAUUAUACUGUUCGUUACGUGACAACAAGAGUCAGGUCUGCCUGUGUAAAGAGUGAAGUGACUCUUGCUGCAAUGGUGAACUACAACACCGACGACUUGUUUCAAUUCAAAGGGAGGAGCACGAUGUCCAAACCUUCCUUUGCUCCGUACAACACUGCUGGACGUCACCGGAGGCCCCUGCAGACACUCCUACCAGCAGGUGAAGGAGCUCAGGCUGCAGGCUCAGUUCACCUCUCAGUUCUCACAGCAGCAGGCAGACAGACAGGACAGCGGGACGGCCGGGGCGUUUGAUCGGUAAAAACUGAUGAGCGUGAUGACAGAACACUGUGUUAACCAGCAGACAUCACAGGAGGAUGCCAGGAAGUCUAACAGAGGAACUGCAAAGCAUGAAGAAAGGGAUUAUCAUUCAGAUGUAGAGAACAUGGCCGAAGAGCGUCAGAGAAACGGGAGGACGACCAACGAGCCUCCGCAGGCCGUCGAUCCCGAGCAUCAGGAGCCCUCGAGCAGGAGGAAGCCGGCGUUAGUCAGGUCAAAGACCUUCGACAACUCUCUGCUGACUCAGGUCCAGGCUGACUCAGACUCCAAGAUAGAGAGGAAGAAGUCUCACUACAGCCAACUUUCGAAGAGCAACUGCCAGUACCAUAAAAUAUUUAAGGAGAUCAGCAAAGAGGAACAGCUCAGACAGAGUUACACCUGUGCCCUGCAGAAAGACAUCCUCUACCAGGGACGAAUGUUUGUCUCCGACCACUGGAUCUGUUUCCACUCCAAGGUGUUUGGCAAAGACACAAAGAUCGCCAUCCCAGUGAUCUCCGUCACUCACAUCAAGAAGACCAAAACCGCCAUCUUGGUGCCAAACGCUCUGGUGAUCUCCACUGCAAACGACAGGUACGUGUUUGUGUCCUUCCUGUCCAGAGACAACACCUACAAGUUCCUGAUGUCUGUCUGUCUUCAUCUGGAGGAGAAGAGUCCAUGCAGCAGCCCCAUCCCGUCCUCAGCUGAAAACAGCUUCAGAAGUACGAGGUCCCCCCGAUCGCCCCGCUUUCCUCUGAGUUUUUCAGGUGAUUUCAGUGAUCUGGACGGAGCGGUGAGACAGAGGAGGCAGGAGAUGGAGGAGAGCAGCAGCUCUGAUUCUCAGACCCCCGACUACGAGAAGAUAGCAGAGUUCCCUGUUCCUCCGUUCCUGGAUGUGUUGAAGCACACAGACGGUGCGACGCCUCCUGAACAUCCAGACCAUCAGCACAAAGUGAAGAACCAGCAUCAGAACCAGCAGAGUCCAGACAACAAGCAGCAUGACAAACAUCACUCUGUCUCAGAGGUUGUGAUUGACAGCAGGACGAUGAAACCAGUUUCUCUCAACACUGUGCUGUUUGUCUACCUGUUCCUAGUGUGUGUCCUGGUAUUGUCUUCCUGUUACUUGGCCUUUAAGAUCGUCUCGUUGGAACAGAGACUGACGACACUCGGCUCCGUCACAGAUUUCACCAACCACGAAAACGACUUUCUACGAGUGAACAGCGACGUGAACACGGAGCUUUUCUCUGAACUGUUGACCAUCAACUUGAUUAAACUGGAGAAGGUGCAGAAGAACCUGCAGAGGCUGCUGGACGAAGCUGCCUGAUGAUACUGGAAACCAGUAUAUUAACAGAAAACCACUGUGUAUAUAUACUGUAUGUACAGUAUAUAGUUCAUUAUACUAGAUGUUACAAACUGACAAUACUAGUAUUGAGUACUGUAUUGAAAAUGCUACGCACAGCUCAAAUACUGUUCAACUCAACCAGUCGCUGCAACUACGGCCAACCUGUGAUCAACGUUUUAUUGGCUUAUUAAAUUAAACGUUUUGGUGCAAUUUUAAAUACAUUAGUAUUAGAAUAGUAUUGUAUGAGUAAAGUGUACUGUAAAUUUUUGGAUUUUAAGGGCUACAACAUGUAGUCGGAAGGCAGUAACAAGAACUUUCCAUUUUCCUUUCAGUGAAACAAAACCUAUUUUUAAAGUAGCGUCUUCUGUUUACAGUCCUGUUUAUCUGAAGAGAUCCAUGUUGUGUUCUCAGUGCUGGAUUUAUUUUUCUGAUCACCCAGUUUUGACUGAUCACAUUGAUGUUCAUGUGAGGUUGAAACAGCGAACACAUGAUGACAUUUAAGACUGAAAACCAGCUCUGGACUUCAUCCUGGUUUUGUAGAUACUCCAUAAACCCUGACAGAAGUUUACUCAUGUUUACCUCAUGCUACCUUAAAGCUUCACUUACUGUCAUUUAUGAAGUAAAAACAACAGCAUUAAAACUCACAGUGCUGAGCAGGUAGCAGAUAGUUUGCUGCUGCUUCUGUCUUUGUUCAUUGGAGUUCAAAACCUCAUUUCUCUCAUCAAUAUCUGCAAUUAGUUAUGAAUGUUUCAGUUGAUUUAUAUCUUCUUUACUGCCAAUUAUUUUCCAAACGAUUCCAAUUCUAUACAGUUGGUCUAGCGUUGUAAUAAUUGGCGUCUGUUUACCAGCUUAGAUCCAAUCAGAAUAGGAAGGAUAAAGACUGUGAUACUGAUGUGUCAGCAGAAUAAUUCCAGAUGAGAUUCAUACGAUAGACUGUUACAGAGAUAAGAAUCACUGUGAUUCUGUAAAUAUUAAAAUUAUACACAGAGGGUCUCUGUCAGAUUCGUAGUUUUGAUGAUUAAAAGAUCUAUUUUGAAAUAAAGUUUUAUUUUUGCUGUAAUA